UACAACAGGACAAAUAAAAUCGAACCCUCCCCUCAGCCCAGGCUUCCAUCCGCACUUGCAUUUCCGAGGGCUUUGUGACAACUUGUCUCCGAGGAGAGACAGAUGAAUGGUUGUCCUAGCAACGUAAACAAAGUGAAAGAAUACGGCCUCCGCCAGGUUCAACUCGUUUUAAGGGGUGCUGAGUGCGCGCUCUCUUUGCCUUUGUUGCAGCAGCUGCUUCGCAAGGCCCAAAUAGCUGCCGCUGUGCAGGGGUAGUCACUGUACCCCGGAGCUGGUGGGUUCUUCAGCAGCUGGAAUCCAUACUGGAUGAUAUAGAAGGACUGACACGUCAUUGGGUGAUAUCUUGGGGGAAGAGUUAUUAGCAAUCCCAUUACUUCAAAAUGUCCAGGUUGCUAUCUUCAUCCCAGAAGACAUUGACCGAUGAUGAGCCCCAUGAGUCUAUUUGCAGCAGCCCUUUGCCUGUGGCUAUUGAAUAUCCAGCUGAAUCCACCUUCAAGGAGGAGGAUACCUCAGAUGAGGGCGAAAACCCUUUCCACAUGUCUCCAGACAUGGACUUCUUCUUGCUUCGAGACAGAGAGAGGGAAAAGCAUCAGUUGGAAAGGGAGGCAAAGAAAAACAUGAGGGUCUAUGAGAAGAUGACCUAUUCUUCUAAGAUAGCUGCCAAGCGCACUAACCUCCGGAGGAAGCUUCAGAUGGAAGACCACAUGGAGGACCAAGCUCUCCAGGCUGAGGCCCAGCGUCUGCGAGACCUUCGAGAGAGUACCUCCUGGAAAAUUGCCGUCACCAAAGAUAAGAAAAUUGAAAGAGAGAGCUUGGCCAAUUACAUCGAACAGAAGCGACAAAUGUUUCUGAUUCAGUAUGCCCUGGAGGUGAAGAGAGAGGAGAUCCUGAGACUGGAAAUGUUGGCCACCAAGGAAGAGAUGAAGUUGGAGAAGGCAGAGAAAUUCCUAGAGAAGGACGCGACGCUGUUUGAUGAGUUCCUGAAGGAGAACGAUAGGAACUCCGUGCAGGCCAUGAGAACAGCUGAAAAGGAGGCCAAGGCGAAGAUGGAGAAGAUCAUUGAGAUCCGAGAUAUCACAGCACAAAUCUUAAUGGUUAAAAGUGAGAUCUCCAAGUUUGAAGAAAACGUCCAGAUUUUCAAACUCUAUAAGGAUUUCCUGUAUAAGCUGUCUCCCAGGGACUGGCUAAUGACCCAUGCCAGGAAGCAUUUGGCCCACGCUGCUGCCAGGAUAACCAUAGACCCCCACAAAGAUAGUAUUCCAUUUUUGCCCAUGGAAAAAGAGGGGCAAAAGAGCAGUCGGAGAUCCAGCAUGAACACCCCCAUCCCAAACUUCCCCUCGUCAUCCACGAGUGAAAUAGUCAUCGGCAAGGAUGACAAGUCCUCCCCCACGUCGUCGUCUUCCCAGGAUUUACAGCCCCUGUUCAGAAUGAGCCCCAGCAAGAAACAGUCCAGUCCUACAGUGCUCUCAGCAAGAACAGAUGAAACUGAUAGUGAUGACGAGCUGGACCUGUACUUCACAGAGCCUCGACAACUGCUGGAAAUUUUCACUCAGCUGGAGGAACAGAACCUCUCUCUGAUCCAGAACACCCAGGAGACGGAGGAGACCCUGGAAGAGAUUGGCAUUUCCCUGAGAAGCACUCGGAACAAAAUGGAUCGGGAAAUUAACCAGCUGAAGUUGUUAUCAACCACCCUGAUGACCUCCAUCGCUAAGGAAGAGGAGAUUGCUGCAGAACUGCAACUCAAAUCCCGAGUCUUCUCUUUUGGCGAGUAUAAGAGUGAUUACCAGAACAAGAUGUUGGCAAGCUUGAACAAAAAGGUGGUAGAAGUAUACCGUCAUUGCAUUGGGGACUGUGAGUCCAGCCUGGGCACCCUGCAGAUGCUCACCAUUAUUGAGCACCAGCUGGAUGAACUCUUAGAGAAUCUGGAGAGGGUCCCGCCAUGGAAGAUCGAGCAGGUUGAGAAGGCCAAAGAAAAGGAGAGAAGGAUACGGCUGAGGGAAGAGAAAAUAAAAAUGCUCAAACAGAUGCAGGACGAGCGGCUCCAGAGAGCCCUGGCCAGGGCCCAGGCAACUAUCAAGAGAAAGACGGGCAGGAAGCUCAUGUACCGCUCAGAGCCUGUGGCCAGCAAGGUCAGAGGCGAGGAGACCCACCGCAAGUACGACAAGGAGAAGGAAGAGCUCCUCUUCUUCUUCACUUAGCCCACACAAGCACACGCACACGCACACCCCCGUGGAGUUGGCUGAGCGUUUGUAAGAGAUGUAAACAAUGGAAGCAAACAGACCGCACUGGGUUACUUGUAUGAUUUAGAAUCGCUCUGAUCCCCACCCCCUUCCCAGUGUCCCUGGACACGUGUUCUUUCUGUGCUUGUAUUUAAACUAAAA